CAGCGCACAGUCGUUAAUGAGCGUUCGUCGAGUUCGCUUCGUUGAAACCAAACUGAAACUCGCGUGCGUACGCGUUCGAAAAUAGACGUUUUCGAAACGUGUUCUGAAAAGUGUUUUUUACAAAAUUGAAGGAAUUCGAAAAUUAGAAAAUCAAAGAGAUAAACAAAACUUUGGUGCCGAAAGUGAAGCAUGUCCAGUGCCCAAGUGUCGCAACCGUUGCCUCUGCCGCCGCUGACCGCCAGUAACAACAACAACUCGAUGCAGCCGUCGCAACUGCUGCUGAGCCACAUUCAGCACCACAACCACAGCACCAGUCUGAUCCACCAACGCAGCCACAGCAGCAGCACCAGCAGCAGCCACCAGAGAUCCUCGCCAGCGGCCCAGGACUACGAUCAGGGCAGCAAUCACUCCACACUAUCGCCCAGAUCCCAGAUAACUCCCAGUCCGCCGCCGGCAGCGAGUCCCACCCACUCGGCGGCCACCACAGGAUCACCUCAAAGCGCCUACACUCCGGGUCUGAGUCCCAGUGGUGCUGUUGCUGCAAUCCAGGAAUCGAGCAACAGCCAAACGGAUAGCAGCAAUCAAAGCUCCCAGAUGCCCCUGCUAGUGGCUCCCCUGCCCAUGGGUGCUGGUCCGCCGCCACCACAUCCAAGGCUAUAUGUGGAGGGCUUUUCGCACACACCACACCAUGUGCCCCACCUGGGCGCCUAUCCCCUGCCACGUCUGCCACUAAUGAUGCCCGGCAAUGGACCAGCGCCACCGGCACCACUUGCACCACCUGGCGCCGGAGCUCCUCAGCCCGUUUCGCCACAACCCGCUGGCAAUCAGCUGAGCCACAGUGGAGCCGCCAUGGCCACCACCACGCUCCUGCCGCCCGCCCAAAGUCAGCCCAAGAAAUCCUUCUGCAUCGACGCUCUGUUGGCCAAGAGUCAGCACCAGACGGGUGAGCCGCAGCCCAUCCUUGUGGAUGAUCGCCUGGCCGCUCUGCACUAUGCCCGCGAUCAGGCGGAACUCAACCACGCCUUCGUGACCGCCUCCAAUGCGGCGGCGGCUGCUCAGGCCGCUGCCUCGGCCGCCGCCGGCGGCAUUAGCGAACAGGAGGCACUGCAGCGCAUCCGGGAGUCCAGGGAGUACGACUCACCCAGUCCCGACGGCAUGUCAAGAUCUGAAUCGCCGAGUUCGUCGCACCGCUCCAGUCCGCCCAUCAGUCCAGGCUGCGAGGAUCAGCAGCCCCAUGGUGGCAUGCAUCCCCAGCACCUGUCCAUGCGCAUGUCCGACUUCCAUGACGAGUUCAAGAAGCCCAUUCCUCCGCACAGUCCCAUCAGACCUCAGGAUUUCCCACUCUAUGCGGGCGGACAUCCUUACCAACUACUGGCGCAGGGAGGAUCUGCUUUCCACAGACCUCUGGAUCCUUCCGGCAAACCCAUACCGAUACCUAUGGGUCACAAUUUCAUGCCCUCACAGCUGCAAUUCGAGUUCCUGGCCCGCGCUGGAAUGCUGCACCAUCGGAUCCCCGAACUGGCCGCCUAUCCGCAUCAUGCGAUUCUGGGCAAGACGCGAAGACCUCGUACCGCCUUCACGUCCCAGCAACUGCUGGAAUUGGAGAAGCAGUUCAAGCAGAACAAAUACCUAAGUCGGCCCAAGCGAUUCGAGGUGGCCAGCGGACUGAUGUUGUCCGAGACGCAGGUGAAGAUCUGGUUCCAGAACCGCCGAAUGAAGUGGAAGCGGUCGAAGAAGGCCCAACAGGAGGCCAAGGAGAGGGCAAAGGCAAACCAACAGCAGCAGCAGCAGCAGCAGACCUCCAGUGCAAGUGCAGCCAGUUAGGAGGAGUAGGAUUAAAGAGGAGCAACUGGAGGAGUCUCCAGUCUAGUCAUGCCGCGAUCAAAACGCCGUCCCAGUCCCACCAUCAAAACGAGACACCCUGUUUUCUGCACCCCAGUUUCAUAUGCGCAAUCGGUUGAAAUCUUUUUCGCUUUUUUUUCGCCUCGAUUUCGAUUUAUUAUUUUUAUUUGGUGCCACAACAACUGGGCACUGUGUGAUAUAUGUAAACAAGAAAUAUAAAUUAAAUUCAUUAGCCCCCUGUUUGUACAUAAACAUAAAUCUAAAUAGGAAAACGCAAAUAUAUAUAAAAACAAAUAAAUAUAAAUUUAAAUAAGAUGAAUAGUGCUUAAGUAAAGAAAUUACAUUAAAUGCUUUUAGUAUAGUUGGUUAUUUAGAAUUUGCUUGUAUAAUUUGUGUAAAUAAUUAUAAUUAUAAUUAUGUAAUUGUGGUAUUUAACAUUAACGAAAACUACAACAGCCAUUGAGUAAAAAACAACUAAAAAUAUUUUUAAUAUCGCAUU